UUUAACAAAUCUAAGUCAGAAUUUCAAGAGACGUGUAAGUUGUAGGAACACUCGUCUCUUCUUCAAAUUAUCAAGAUGUCUACCAAAUUAAUGUUAAUUGUCUGCCUGUUUUUGGUCGGUCUGUUUAAUGACGUAUCUUCUGAGACAUGUACGUUUAUCUUCUACCGACAAGUGAAGACUGAAAUAAGAUGUGGGCGGUUUGGUUGGCAAAUAUGUACACAAUACAAGACUGUUUCAAGUACCGGUACACGACCAUGCAAUAUGACAACAACUACGUCCAUUCCAAUUAACGGUGGGUGGACAGAGUUCGAAGAAACAGAAAUAACGGAAUGCUCUGCUUCUUGCGGAAACGGAACCCAAUAUCGAACGCUGACCCGCAACUGCACGAACCCGGCACCGUCCAACGGUGGUUCCGACUGUGAGGGAAACGCCACAAGAAUCGAGAUUAUUUACUGUAAUAGCCAGACUUGUCCAGUCAAUGGUGGAUGGACUGAAUAUCAAGAAACCGGAAAUAGAACAGAAUGUUCUACGUCAUGUGGAACUGGUACUCAAAUUCGAACACUGAGCCGCAAUUGCACAAACCCAGUCCCUUCUGGUGGUGGUCUAGAUUGUGAGGGCGAUUCAACUAUAACGGAAAUGGUUAAUUGUACGGGAGAACCAUGCCCAGUACAUGGUGGUUGGUCCGACUGGUCUGAAUGGGAAGAAUAUGACGAAUGUAGCGCCCUCUGUGGUACCGGCAAAAUGGACCAAUGGAGGACAAGAACUUGUAAUAAUCCCGCCCCUGCUUUUGGCGGUGCCGAUUGUAUUGAUGUUAGUUUGGAGAACAGAACUGUCGAAUGUAAUACUGACGACUGUGGAGAUCUGUGUCCACUAAACGCGGUAAAAUAUUUCCCACAUCCAAACAACACCAAGAGAUUUUACCAAUGUGAUAACGGAGUCGCCAAACUACGGAACUGCGCCCCAUCUACAGUUUGGAGCCAGGCCGUCUUGACCUGUAUACACCCGUGCGUACCAGACGAUGACUGCAGCAACGGCAAACCGUUAACAGCCGACCCAACAGACUGUACUAAAUUCUAUUAUUGUAAUUUUGGAGAACGAUGUGGGUCAGCGGUGUCUUGUGCACUUGGUCUCGUAUUCAAUCGUGCUACAACGAACUGUGAUUUCCCUUAUAAUGUACCCGGAUGUGGAUCUCGGUAAAGUCUGGGGUCCCGGAUACUAGACACGAACGAACAGUUGACGGAAUUCAGAUCUGUUUAAAGAUUGUCAAUGUGCCAAGAUGUCCUGAAUGGGCGAAUCUCUUAAUAACAAAUCCAGUACAUUUUGAAACUUAAUUUCCACUGUGUCUGAAUCUAGAUUUAGUGGAAUAAAACUGGAGACAGACGCGUUGGCAAAAAUAAGAAAAAAGAAUUCGCAAACUGGGCGCAAAAUAUCGGUGGGGGACACGUCGCCCCUUCAGUCCCUUCACCAAGAAAACGCAAAGCUACAGUCCGCCUACACUUACGCCAAAAAACAAUUACAAUGUACAUGUGUUUACCGUUACCCGAACGAUCCUAUUAUUUGCAGCCAAAAUCACCGGCCCUAAAAUUGUCCGAUUUUCCAGGUUUCAUAAAUCGGUCUUGGCCUUGGCUGUGGUUUCGUUGGCCUUAUAUAAGUUCAGUUGAAUUAAAUGGUUAAAGGAUCAAAUGGUUAAUAUUAUUAUUUGUAUGUGAUCAUUUGUUGUUUUUCCAAAUUGAAAAUCCUCGAUCGAUGAUGUAUACAACCGAAGUUUUGUUUAAAAUGUGUUUUAAAUUGGCCAUCCCAUUUUAUUCGAUUAAAUUUUUAAAUAAGUUUUAUGGGCGUUUUAUG